AUGAGAAAUAGCGCUGUCGAAUACGGUUUAUUACUCUUUUCCGCUAGUUUUUCGUCGUUACUGCAGCCAAGUCCGCCAUGUAUUACUGCCAAGCAUUAUUGUGCUUUUACACUGCGAAUCAUGCUGGUUGAGGCUCAGUAUGAACAAAGUCCGAAAAACCGAAUUAAUACCCAAAAUCAAGCCCUGGCUGGUCAAAGCCCAAAAUUUGGCCUUGUCUGGGUUUACGGCGAGCUCACUUUUCAUUUCUGGCUUGGACAAAAAAUCAUUGCUUGGAGGAAUUAUCGUAACACACGUAGUCAGAAAUCAAGAAUCCCGAUCAAAGUAUUUUUUGUUUACGGCCAACACAGCCGUCUUGAUUUUUGGUUCUUCGAUGUUGACUUGUUGAGCACCGUCCUACUAUUAUUCAACCUCAAGCUCAAGCAUGUACGCAAGCGCCCCUCCCAUAGUUUUCCCAUCAAAAGAUGCCCGUCACGCGCUCACCUACACUAGUUUCUCCGCCCAACCACGGUGAUGGUCGCGGCCCGGGUUCAAAGGCCAUUUUGAGGUGCAGGACCAGGUGCUUGUUUCAUGAGUACUGCUGAGCAUCGAGAAUAGGCUUCUGCCGUGUAGGCUCCACCGAUGGGUUGUGUGUUUUUCAACCAAUUUGCCCUGUGUUUCGUGACAAUCUGAACGUCUUUGUGCUCACAGAAUAUUUCUUGAUUGCGGGUCCCAACUAUGUUCCGCUGUGCCCAAACCUACCGGGUAUUCUUGGCAUCGCGCCGUUCACGGUCGCACCCACACCCUCAGGUACGGCUGCUCCUGACCGUUACCGCGGACAGCGACGCCGACGAGUGGGUGUACGGAUACCCGGACUUCCUUCCCCAGGACUACUACAACUCGUGCGUCGGCACCACGGCCGCAGGCACGGUGAGCGGCACGGGCAUCAUAUGGGGCACUGUGUCAGGCAGUGGUACCCCCGAGGAUGCUGGGGCGUACACCUCCCUCUCAGGGUACUACGUUUCCUUCGGAGGCCCUUCCACGAUCGGCUUCAACAAGGAGGCCCUGUCCAACGAGGCGUGCCUCACCUACGCUAAUGGAUUCACCGCCGAGGAAGUGGCCGCUUUCCCCAACGACUGCGCGAUUUCUGGCGAGCUGACAUACAACCGGGCUUCCGGCGAUGACACGUGAUUUGGGGAUUGCGUUUGAAUGUGGGCUUGCCGGUGUGGUGCUAAUGCGUCGACAAUUGGUUGGCCUAGUAACGUUUGAUCUGAUGCCACGUGGAGUACACAGAGGCAUCACACCGCGACUUGGUUGGCUGUCAAGCCCGAUACCUCUCCUUGCGAGUUGAUUCUGUAGGUGAUGUUCUUCGACGGCUUAGCGCCGUUGGCGAGAUGUGGUUGUUCGAUAUUUCUAGGUUCUGGGACGAAGCUCUCCUGCCCAGGCGAUAGGGUGUUGGCACGGAUCGAUUAGAGAUGGAUUGUUCAACCUGGGGCCAUUUCGGCUGAUCUCACGUCCUGUGAGAUUUCAGGCAACGACUGCUCCAUGAAGUUGAUCCCUUUGAACAUAGCAUGGCCGUUGCCGCACCACAUUAGAGCUAGAUGUGCUGUUUAGUUUGGUCGUAUGCUCGCGCGCGCCCGUGCGUAAGCAAAUGCCACAAGUGGUUAACGUGUUUGCGAGGUAAGCCCUCCCCUCGUGUGGUAGGGAAGGUGUGUGCUUCGGGUUUUGCGUGAGAAUAUCGGGCAGCGCCUGUCGUGUACGGUUCGUGACAAGGGCUCUGGGGACUACGCGUGUACUUUCCCUACAUGUAUUAUUUCUUUGUAGUAGUAGUAUUAGAGAUACAUCGAGAUCAAGUAGAGGAAGUUGGUUAUCGCGAGAAAACGUGUCCGGUUCCUGGCGUAUUCCGCUUGUGCUCUUGUCAAGUUGUUCGACUGCCACUGCCACAAACAUGACGUAGAGGUUGAUAUCUUGUCGCGUACUGCCCGGCUCGCCCAGUUGUGUCCACUGUUGUGUCUACUCCACAGCUUUUCACAAGCACACCCACGUCCUCUCAAGUAGUUCCCCAUGCCGAGCAGGAAAGGGAAGUCCUUGGCCGCCUAGCAUGCAUAUUAAGUUAUAUGCAGGUGUUUCGCUGUCUGAAAAGCCAGGAGUUUUCUUCGACGGCCAC